AUGGAGCGACGAAGCGACGAGUCACAGACCUACGGGGCGCACAAGUGGGUUCUGAACAAGCUGAAGUUUGCCUAUAAAGAAGAUUACAAUGUGGACUACUUGCUAGACAGAAACGCAGAUGAAAGGAAGGAAGUAGUUGAUAAUUUCCUGGGAAAGGAGAAAAACGAUUUGCUGCUCUUCGGAGUGGAAAAGAAUCAAAUGGUGGUAGCAAAAGAGGAAAAUAUAAAAUUUGAUAAAAAAAUUGUUUAUUUCUAUAAGUGCCUAAAUGGCGAUCUGAAGGACGAAAAGAGCAUACUCUAUGGAACUUUGUCUCCAAAUAUUUUAGACACACUAAAGGUUAUGCUAAACAAGGUUAUUUACCCGCUCUUUCUAAAUAACAAAAUGAUACAUGCAAAUAUUUGCGGAGAUGAAGUGAAAAAAUUUAGAAUGGAGUUUGACACAUAUGUAAAAGAGCUGGACGAAUUUAUUCUCAUUUUAGAAAAUAUUAAAAAGGUGAAAUUGAAGAUGCAACAGGACCAGGAUGAAAUGAUUUGCGAGGGGGCGAGCGAUAGAGAGGAGGGGAAUGAUGGAUUGGGAGGUAGCGAAUCGGAAAAUAAAAUGUUGAAGAAAAAAAACGAAACGGCACACUUGACGAAAUAUUUAAACAUCUUAGAAAACCUAUUCAAUGAUAUGCAAGAAAAAAUUCAAGAGUACAAAAAAUCGAAUGUAGACGUGGGACCAUUUAUCGAGAUCCAGUACUGGAGGUACAAACACAGGUAUCUACUCUUUAUCAUGGAAGAACUGAGAAGUAACGAAAUUAAAAAUAUAAUAAAUAACAUAAAUAUAAGUAGUGCAAAUAGUGAGGAGCAAAAAUAUACCUACACAUUUGACAUAUUGAACAAGUGGAGAGAAUUAGAAACGAAGAUUGAAAAUGAAUUUAAUGAAAGUAAGGACAACAUUAAAUAUUUGGAAAGCAUCGAGCAGUUCAUCCUGUCUCUCUAUCUAUGUAACGUAGAGAAUAUCAUUGAUAAUCUCCCUUCUCUUUUGAAUUCCAUUAAGAUGAUAUAUCUGGUGGCUCGCUUUUACAACACACCCAACAAGCUGAACAACCUGUUCAUUAAAAUCACUAACCAGCUGGUGAUUAAAUGCAAGGAGGAAAUAUUUAGCGCCAAAAAGAAGAAGCGGAAGAGGAAAAGGGCGAAUAAUAGACGAGGUAAGAAGGGGGGAAAUGUCAGCAGUGAAUAUGGCGAUGCAAAAUCAGAUAAAAAUGUGGAAAACGGAGGUGGUGAUGAGGGUGAUAAUUGUGGCCAUGAGGACGAUAAGAAUGGAGGGCACCAUGAUGAACAAAAUAGAAUGCAUCGUUCAGGGGAAAAGACGGAGGGAAAUUCAAAUUUUAAAAAACAUUCAGAAGAUAGGAAUGAUGAAGAGGAAGAUUACGAAGGGAAAGAUAAGAAUGAACCUGGCGAAAGCGGGUACCUAGAUGAUGAAAAUGGAGAUUGCGCAUGGGAUGAUCAAAGUGAAGAAUCUGAAGAUGAACUGGAUAAUGAAGAUAUGGAAGAAAACAUGGAUAACAAAUUAAAUGAAGCAGAAGAACAGGAUUACUCAAAUGAGAAAGACAAUGAAAUUAGAAAAAUAGAACAACUAAAAAGGAGACAGAAUUUAUGGCUACUAGAUCCAGAUGAUUUAAUAGACAAAUUUGAGUUAUGCUUUAAAUUGCAUGAAAAAUAUAAGGAAGAAUUUGAAAGUAUAAAAACUUUUUUCGAAGAGAAUUCUAAAAAUAAAUCAAUCGAUUUGAACACCAAAGUGAUAUUUUGUAAGAUAGAAAUAUUUUGUAGGCGUCUGAAAAAGCUCGUUGAUUUGUUCCUAUGCAUAAAACAGUUUAAGUCCCUGAGAAGAGUAAAAUUUCAGAGCAUACAAAACAUAACUGCUUCCUUCAAUAAGUACAUAAAGGAUUUCAAAAUGAAGCACACGGAAGAUAUGCUAAAUUAUACAGAUAACUACUUCGAUAGGGACUUUGUAGAAUUGCGAGUAUAUAUAUCUGAGUUGGAGAGCGAUUUGCAAGACAGCAUCGUGAGCUUGUUGAACAACAGCUCCAACAUUAUGUUUUCCUUUUUUAUUUUCUUCAAAUUUAAGGAUCAUUUCAUAAGAAAUUACUUGAUCCACUUCCUACACACAAAAUAUGAUAUACUGCUGUGCCAAUUUUUAGAAAUUUUAAAUGGAAUAAAUAACGAAUUGGAAAAUUACAAAAGUAGCUUAAACUCCAGUAAGAGCAUAAAUUAUUUGAAAAAUAUUUUUUGGAUCCUUAGCAUUAACUACAAGAUCAAUCAUAUUAUGCAAAUUUUUCUAGAUGAAAAUAAUUCGACACUUAUCGACAAGGAUAACCUUUCUUCCUAUUUCGAGUUGCCUCACUUGAAUAACGACUUGUCUGCUAUGAAGGGGAAGACUAACAUGGAUAAGACGGGAGAAGCUCGUUCCGUUGGGGGUGAUAUUGUCAAUGGGGAUCUACGCAGAGCGAAUGACGAAAGUGUGGGAAACCCCAAUGUGAACGAUUUCAGCAAAAUAAAUGAACAAGUUACGAAAUUGUUGGAAGAUCACGAAAGGAAGAAAACAGCGGAGGAGGAGAAGAAGAAGGACGGCUCAGUAUCGAACGGGAUAGGUAUAGAAAAUUCCAAAGGGGAAGGCAAAGACGGUGAGGAGGAAGAAGAAAAGGAAUUUUCAUCGAGCGUAGCACGUACCGGAGGGAUAGGCGAGGGGGAGAAGAAAAAAAUAAAAAACGUCUUGUUCAAAAAUACUAACGGGAAGGAAGUGCUAAAAUUAUACUUAAAAAUCUCCAAGUUCAUCGAAGAUUACAAAAAUAAGUUAUUUAAGCAUUGGUUGUGUUUUAUAAAAAGCGUGAACAGUUUAAACGUUACUGUGUUUGUGAAGCACCCGAAGACGAAGAAUGUGAUAGUAAACUUCGAUAACAGAAUAAAGAGAAUAAUAAGAGAGGCAAAAAUUUUUCUGUCUUUCAAAUUCCAAAUCCCAGAUGAAGUAAAAAAUAUGAUUUCGGAGGAACCCAAAAUAUACAGCUUCUACUACAAGCUUCAUAACAUACUUAUAUUGAUAAAGAAAAUUAAAAAUAACAAAAAAAAAGACAUCGAGUUUACAUUAAAGCGCUUUUUUAUUUACAUUGACCAACUGCUUCUCCCCUUUCUCGUGAAAUACACAUGGAGUAAUUAUGCACUGGAAGAUUCUAUAACAAAUUUGCAUAAAGAAUUAACACAAUUUGAAGAGGCAAUUAAUUCCUUAUACGAUAUUAUUGAUGACCAUAUUAAUUAUAACACUAAGGUAAUCUAUCGAAUUUUGAAGCAUAAGAAUGAAAAACUCGCUAUCAACAAGUAUAAGAAAAAAUUCCACAACAAAAUUAUACUCUCCAAUUCCAUAUCGAAGAAAAUACAAAUCGCCAUUUUCGAUCUUCUGAGCAACAUACAGUAUGUUUACGAAAAUAAACUCAAGACCGAAAUUAUGAAAGAGGAAAUUUUGAGCACUAGGAAAUUCUACUAUGAUAUAUUUUUAUCUGUGCUGAAGAAAAUUUACCUAAAGAAUAUUAGGAGCCUUAUUAAUACGUGGUCUAAUUUGGAAGAGGAAACGACACAGAACAACCAAAUUCACAAGGCGAAUGCAAUUGAAAUUUUGCUCCUUGUUCACGAAAAUGAUAUUGUCAUUAACCCUUCCAUUAAUAGCAUAAAGGAGAAUAUUAAAAAAAUUAUAAACGUUUCGAUUAACAAUUUGAUUUAUAUAGAUAACUGGAUAAGUGGGGAUGAUUUAGUGAAGCUAUUUUUUCUUAACGAUCAAGGGGGAACCCAGAAAUGUGGUGUCUCCAGCGGGAAGGAGGAGGACAGAGGGGGUUUGAGCAAGUCGUGCGGAAAGGAAGGCUACAAAGAUGAGGGACGACCUGAGUGUAAACAGAAGAGCAUAUUUGAGGAGCUCCUGGAGUAUUCCUACUUUAAUAGGAGAAAUGCAAAGGAGUUGUCCAAACAUGUUGCGGAGGAGCUGAACAUGGAAAAUGAACACUGCGCUCGCAACCUGAAGCACCAUUUCGAUUUCUAUGAAAAAAUUAGGGAAGACAAAAAUAUAGAAAAGGAGUUGGUCAAGCUGAAUGAAAAGCUGGGCGUAUUCCAGGGCAUCAUAGACGAGUUCAUCAGGAAAUUUGACAAGUACAAAUAUAUAAUUCGCGAUUUCGAGUCGGAAAAAUUGCGGGAAGCCGCAAGGGAGACUGUAAAGGAUACACACAAUGAGGAAAAGCAUCCCGGUGUUGUUGCAGGUGGAGUGAAUAUGACCAACGUGCAGGUUUCGCAACAGGAGAAGGAAAGUGAUGUAUUCCAUUUCAGCGCACAGAAGGGGCAAAACGAAACAGACCUUACAAAUAUGCACAUAGAGGGUGAAGAACAAAUUAACAAUGAGCAUGACGCGAAGGAAGAGAGCUUCAAGAGCGAAUCCGACACAGAAGGAGAAGAAGAAGAAGAAGAGGAAGAAGAAUUAAAAAUAUCCCAAGAGGAAGAUAAAAUAAAAAAAUUCAUAAACAUAAAAAAGGAAAUCAACAAUAUAGACAGCUUCUACUUACUUAACGUAUUCAAGUUCAACUUGGAGAGCUUCAAAAUGUACUUGAUAAAUAUCAUUGAAAAUGAAGCUCUACAGUGUGCAAAUAAAAUAAUACAACCGGUUAAGAGAAAAAGCGACCUGCUCAUAAAAAAAAUGAGUGAAUAUAAAACAAAGUUGAAAAAAAAGAUUGUAGAUGUAGAUUCGCUGUACUAUGUCAUCAAUGUUAUAAAGAAAAUACAUGUCUUCGAGUCGACUAUGGAUAUUGCUCUAAAUCCUAUAAACCAAAUGGUAGAUGUGCUGGAAUUUUACAUGAACAAUUUUUUGAAAAAGCAUGUAGAAUCUAUGAGGAAUUCUGGUCAUUACGAUGAAGAAGAAAAUUAUCAACAAAAAUUUAUUAGCAAUCUUGAUAAGAGGAAAUCCUCUAGCGACAUGUACGAAAUGGACGAAUCGUAUAAUAGGAAUCUCCUACAAACUUUUAACAAAUUAAAUGGGAUGAAAAAGAAAUUUGUCUCCUUGUACAAAUCUGAAGUGGAGAAAAAAAAUGUGAUUUUGAACAAAUUUAACGAACUCGUAUCUUUGACAAGAAAUGUAGAAGAAGAAAUACAAGAGAAAAAGAGCAUCAUGAAAAAUGAGUUAAUGAAUAACAUUUAUAACUUUAAGGAAGACAUAAAAACAUUUCGAGAGAAUUUCCUAAAAAUGAAUUUCAAAAGUGAACAUAUAAACCCUCUAAAUGCAUUCGAACUUUUGAAGAGAUACAAGGAAGAAAUCUCCAUGCUGAAGAAAAAGUACAAUAGCUACUAUAAGGGGGAAUCUAUAUUCGGUUUAAAGCACCAAGAGCAUGAUGACCUUUUUUUGAGCACAACGGAGAUAAAUAAUUUUUACUCGCUGUACGAUUUGUACGUGCAACUGAAGGAGAAGCUGAAUGAGUGGAAAAACUUAAAGUGGAACGAGGGAAUUUUGAAAAUGAAGGAGUUGAAAAAUGAGAUUCUGUCUUUCGAGAAGAAGUGCUCUCAACUCCCUAAGAAUUUGAAGAUGAUAGUCAUUUACAAGAACUUGGUGAAGGAAAUUUUUUACUUUAAGGAGAUCACGCCCAUUGUGGACGAGCUGGAGAAGAAGACAAUUUUGAAACGACACUGGGUCGAGAUUGUCGGUGUGCUCAAGGAGAAGAAGAAGGAGAGCGCCACGAAGGAGAAAAAAGGGAAGAAGGUCAGUCCAGAAGGGAAGGGAGAGGUGUCUACGGAGGUGGACACGGCUGUUACGAUGAUCGUGGCGAAGGACGAUGGGGAAAAUUCCAAAUUCGAUCAGAGUGGUGACCAAUCCCCCCCCAAGGAGAAAACCUUCGAUGGGGGCAUGCUGAUCGAAAGUGCCUGCGUCGACGAGCAGGAAUACAUAGACAAUUUAAAUAAGCUGGACCUAGAUAACAUGGAUUUCUUCAUCAAGGAUAUAAUAAAUUACAACUUGCUACAAAAGAAGGAUGAUAUUCUGGAUAUAUGCGACAGCGCGGAGAAGGAGGCAAGUAUUGAAGAAAAGAUAAACGAACAGUAUAAAAUAUGGAACGAAACAUGUUUCCAGUUCAGCAAAUGGAAAAACAGAGACUAUGCAUGCAUCCUCGUUGGGAGUAAAGUAACAGAAAUACAAGAGAGCUUAGAAGAAAGUCAAAUUCUACUGAACAAUAUAAAUUCUACAAAGUAUAGCAAGCCAUUUAAAAGUAAACUGUUAUUGCUAUUGAAUAAAUUAUCUGACUGCAGUGAUAUUGUAGAGCGUUGGAUCAAAGUACAAAUGCUGUGGUGCUCCAUGGAAAGCGUCUUUACGAGUGGGGAUAUAGCAAGGCAAAUGCCAAUUGAGUCUAAGAGGUUCCACCAAAUUGACAAAGACUGGAUUAACAUAAUCAACAUUGCCAACGAAUCCUCCAUUGUUAUAGAAUGUUGCCAAAGCAGUAUGCUAAAGGAAUUAUUGCCGAAUAUGCAAAAAGGGUUGGAGAGCUGUCAAAAAUCGCUAGAAUCAUAUUUAGAGGGAAAGAGAAGCAAAUUCCCCCGUUUUUAUUUCGUGUCCAAUUUGGUGUUACUCAAAAUAUUAUCUCAAGGAUCUGAUAUUAAUAUAAUUCAAUCUGAGUUAAUAAAACUCUUCGAUGCUAUAAACUACCUAACUAUAAAGACCAUACAGAACAAGAAAAGAAUAAUUUGUAUAAAUAAUAAAGAAAAGGAUGAUAUUGAGACGAUACAGUUAGUAAACCACGUAACGAUAGAUGGAAAUAUAGAAAAUUGGCUGAUACUACUCGAAAAGGAAAUGCAGAAGGCGGUGAAAAAGGAGUGCAAGUUAGGAGUAGCGAGCUCGGCGCAGCUAUUCAAGACAAUGAAUUUAAAAGAAUUCUGUGACAAGAACAUUGCACAGGUUGCUCUCAUAUGUUUACAAGUCAUGUGGACAAAUGAUAUAGAAAAGUGUAUCCAUAAAUACCAUUCGGAAAAAAAUAUAUUAAAAGUAACGAACAAGAAAAUCAAUUAUAUCAUGUCUGAAUUGGUAAACAUAUGUCUUUCCGAUUUGGGGACCAAACUGAACAGAACAAAAUAUGAAACGUUAGUUACUAUACAUGUCCAUCAGAGAGAUUUGUUCAACGAAAUUUCAACAAAGAUAAAGGAAUAUAAAAUAAAGACCUGCACCGAUUUUGACUGGUUAAAACAGACGAGAAUUUAUUACAAAGUGGAGAAGAAUAUCAUUCUGAUUAGUAUAUCUGAUGUUGAUUUUGUGUAUUCUUAUGAAUAUCUAGGUAUUAAGGAAAGGCUGUGUAUAACUCCUCUAACGGAUAGGUGUUAUUUGACUUGCGCACAGGCACUAGGACUAUGCUAUGGUGGAGCUCCAGCGGGACCUGCAGGAACGGGAAAAACAGAAACGGUAAAGGAUUUAGGAAGAACUUUGGGCAUAUACGUCAUUGUGACAAACUGCUCUAAUCAACAUAAGUAUAAAGAUAUGGCAAAAAUAUUUAAAGGGCUAUGUAGAAGUGGAUUAUGGGGUUGCUUUGACGAAUUUAACAGAAUUAACUUGGACGUAUUAUCCGUGGUGGCCAUGCAGAUUGAGUCCAUCGUAACGGCGAAGAAGCAGUCCUUAAAAUCGUUUCUGUUUCCAGGUGAUUCGAAGUCGAUAAAUUUGAAUCCAUCCUCUGCUUAUUUUAUUACCAUGAAUCCUGGGUAUGCUGGAAGGCAACUCUUGCCAGAGAAUUUAAAAAUAUUUUUUCGCUUCAUUUCGAUGAUGGUGCCAGAUAGACAAAUUAUCAUAAAGGUAAAGUUAGCUUCUGUAGGGUACCUAGAUAUAGACAAUUUGAGCAACAAGUUUAAGUCUCUUUACAGUUUGUGUGAAGAACAGUUGUCAAAACAGAAGCACUACGAUUUUGGUCUGAGGAAUAUUUUGUCUGUCUUGCGUACCGCUGGAGAUACGAAAAGAGCUGCAGGGGCGAAUGAAAACGAUGAAGAAAUGCUUCUAAUGAGAACCUUACGGGACAUGAAUUUGUCCAAGCUAAUUUACGACGACGUGUUGUUAUUUUUGUCCCUGCUGAAUGACGUUUUCCCAAAGUUCCACAACAUCACAAAGAAGAGCUACCAAUUGAUUGAAGAAAAUGUGCACGAAAUUAUAAGUAAGAAGAAAUUGUGUGCAAAGAGUAAGUGGAUUUUGAAAAUAUUACAGCUUUAUGAAACUUCGCUAGUUCGCCAUGGGUUCAUGCUGGUGGGAAGUACCCUCACAGGAAAGACAGAAAUAUUAAACAUACUCACUUCUGCACUAAGUAAUAUAGGAAAUAUGACAAAAAUUAUUACACUGAAUCCGAAGGCUAUAACAUCGGAGCAUAUGUAUGGGGUGAAGGAUAAUUUGAGUGAAGAAUGGACUCCAGGUAUUUUUGCAAAUAUAUGGGAAAAAUAUAAUAACAACAAUUUGAAAUACAAUACUUGGAUUGUGUGUGAUGGGCCUGUGGACGCUAUUUGGAUCGAAAAUUUAAACACAGUUUUGGAUGACAAUAAGAUAUUAACGUUAGCUAAUAAUGAUAGAAUUCCUAUGACUGAUAAUACAAAGAUAGCCUUCGAGGUGGAAAAUCUGAAUAAUGCUUCUCCCGCCACUGUUAGUAGAGCUGGUAUUGUCUACAUAUCUGACGGCGAUUUGGGUUAUAAGCCAUUCAUUUACAGUUGGCUGCAAAAAUUGAAGGAUGUACAUACUUAUGGAGAUAGUCUAUUCCCCAUUUUUAACAAACUUUUUAUUUUUUAUUUGGAUAGAAUUCAAGUUUUAAAUUUCGUCAAGGAGAACUGUAAAUUCGUGAUGGAAGUCACCGACUCGAUUUUAAUUUCACAGACCAUCAAUUUGUUGAAUACGCAGUUGAUUCAGUAUGUAAAUGCCAUUAAUAAUUUUAUGUACAAUGAAGAAGAUUUGAACAAGAUAUUUUUUUGCGACUCCAAUGAGAAGAAAUUGUUGCACCAUAGUGAUAAAGUUCUGAAGAAGCACGACGUGGAAGCAUGCAAUGGGCCGGUCGUCCUACAGGAGAAGACUGACAGUAGUGCUGUGUUGUCUUCCUCGGCUAUGAAAGGGAAAAAGGGGAAGGAAUCGGAGGUGUUGAAGGGAAAGGAAACUGUACCUAUGAAUAUCGAUAGGAACAAAAUUGCCACAAAGGUUGGCGACACAAGGGGAGGUAGUGCGCCCAGGGAGAACUCAAAGGGGCACCUCAUAAAUGGUGGAAGUGCUAAACAGGACCUUCUUGGGAAGGAAAAGAAAAGGGGGGAAGAGGGCGGAAAUGGGGAGGAGUCCAGCAAAAGUGGUCCAUCCGUCACUACCACUAUAGGAGGAGCAAAGGACUUGAAUGAGGAAGAAGAGGAAGAGGAAGAUGACAAGAUGGACACAAUGAACAAUUUCAGCAUAACAUCUGGAAGCAAAUACGAAGAGAUAAAAGCAGAAGAAUGCGAACAAAUAAUGUUGUACGCCAUAUUGUGGGGAUUGUGCGGUUUGCUAGAACACAGAGACAGACUAAAGGUGCAUAACUUUUUAGUGAAAAACGUACCAUUUGUUAAAGCCCUCCUUCUGAAGGAAGGAGAAAAUUCAAACCAUGGCAGGAAAAACGUGGAUUCCAAAAUGGGAGGCGAAGGAAAGAUACCUACAGGAAACGACAAUGAUGAUGCAGAGGAAGAAUUCGAAAAAGAAACAUGCCUCAUUUAUGACUACUACUUUGAUAUGAAGCUAAGAAAGUUGACAAAGUGGAAUGUAGCCCCCUUUAAAAUGCCAAAGAAUAUGAAUUCCAUUUCGUCCAUAUUAAUACCAACCAUCGAAACGAAUAAAGUGGAACAUAUAAUAAAAUUAAUUUCUAGUAUACCUAUUAAAUGCCACAAUUUCCAUACGUACAAAAGUACACUGCUGUUGGGUUCUACCGGUUCUGCGAAGACGUCCAUAGCAUUGUUGUAUACAUCUAAGCAGGACAAGAAUACCAAGAGGUUCAAUUUCUCAAGUGUCACGACUCCGGAAAAAUUCCAACUGUUCAUCGAAUCAGAACUGGAAAGGAAAAGUGGAAAGACAUAUGGGCCAAUCGGAAACACCAAAUCUAUUAUCUUCAUAGACGAUAUGUCUAUGCCUAAGAUUAACGAAUGGGGAGAUCAAAGCACCUUGGAACUGCUGAGACAGCUGAUCGAAUUUCAAGGAUUUUACUUUUUGGAUAAAGACAAAAGAGGAAAUUUUAAAAAAAUAAUUGACUUAGAAUAUAUAGGGUGCAUUAACCACCCAGGAUGUGGAAACAAUGACAUCCCAAAAAGGUUAAAAUCGAAAUGGUUCAACGUGAAUAUUCCUCCUUACAAUUUGAAUUCGAUAAACACAAUUUAUGGUACUGUGUUGAGAACCAAAUUUAAUAAGAAAAAGAGUUUUUCAGACGACAUUGUAGAGAAUAUAGAUAAAAUAAUUCUGUGCACCAUUAACUUAUUUAGUAGAUUGAAGAAGCAUCUUCUGCCAGUUCCUUCUCGUUUUCAUUACUUAUAUACAACGAGAGAUUUGGCAAAAAUAUUUUACUCCAUGUUAAUGUGCCCAUUUGAAACGGUAGAUAACAACUUACGCAAUUUCUUAUGCUUGUGGAAACACGAGUGUGAGAGGGUCCUUAUUGAUAAGCUCUCCAGAAUGGAAGAUAAGAAUUUCUCUCUAGAUCAGCUGAAGCAAGUGUUUAAUCUGUAUUACCCAUCUUACAAGGACAUAGCGGAGAAGAGCAUAUACUUUAGCUACUUCUACGUUUCGGAAAAGGAGCAAACAGAAUACAUGAUCGAAAAUGACCUUAUAGAAACUGUGGAUCAGACGAAAAAGAGCAAAGGAGAGAGUCCACUUGGAGGUGCAAAUGAUUCGAAUAGUGGCGCCACAGGGGCUGCCGCCAAAGGGGGAGUAAACAACAGUCCAAGCAGGUACUUAAAUAAGGAAAAUAUAAAAGACAGACAAAAUAGCAACUUAAACAUGACAGGAAUGAGUAAGAUAGAAAGAGGUAGCCCCUCCGUAUCUGCGAAAAAUAACGCCAUUGUAGAAAUCGGAAAGGUAGAAAAUGAAGAAGAAGAAAAUUUGAACUUUUCCUUCUCUUGGAUGAAAAAAGACUACAAAAUUGUUGCAGAUUUUGAAAGGCUAAGAUAUAUUGCCUACGAGUAUAUGAAGGAGUACAAUAUGAACAAUGUGAAAAAGCUAGAUUUGGUAUUCUUUGAUGAUUCGCUAAAACAUUUGCUUAUCAUUAACCGUGUUAUGGAAACGCCCCAGGGGUCCAGCAUGCUAGUAGGCGUCGGUGGAUCUGGGAAAAGAUCACUAACGAAGCUUAGCGUUUUUAUCAGCGAACAAGUUUUGUUUCAGUUAAAUAUAACCAAGACAUAUACGAAGAAUUUAUUUUUUGAGGACCUAAAAAGUUUGUACAUAUCUGCAGGGCAAAUGAACAAGAAGACAACGUUUCUGUUAAGCGAUAGUGACAUUGAAAAGAAUGACUUCAUCCUGGAGCAUGUGAAUUCGAUUUUGUCCACUGGGCUGGUGUACGGACUGUUCAUUAAAGAUGAAAAGGAGGCCAUCUGCGCCGAAAUGAAGGAGUCGUACUUGAAAGAAAUGAACAAGCUGAACCAAUCCUCGAAAAUGAGAGGUGCGGGGGGAAAGAAAAAAAAUAAAAAGAAUGAGUACAAUAUGGAUGACAUGGAUAUGGAAAACGACUCAAGAGAUUCACAAUUGAGAAGUGAUACAUCCUCGAAGAGCAGCGUUGACAAUGACAGCGAUUACAUGGGGAAUGAGAAAGAAACUAGAAAAAAAAAAGACGAAAAAGUAAUAAACGAUUUUAACGUAUCAUCAAAUGUCAUUUUUGAUUAUUUGUUAGACAAUUUUAGAAAUAAUCUUCACAUCUUUUUGUGUUUCUCUCCUAUCCAUAAGGAGUUUUCUUUACGUUACCAGCAAUUUCCAUGCAUAUAUAACUGUGUCACCAUAAACUGGUUUUUGAAGUGGCCCCUAGAAGCCCUCGUAAACGUGUCAACAGCAUACCUUAACAAUUUCAACAUCGACAUUGAAGAAAAAUUAAGGGAAGACUUUUUCAACCUAUUUGCUAUUGUCCAUAAGAAAGUAUCAGAAACGUGUGAAACAUACAAAGAGAGAAUGAGGAGAAAUACGUACGUAACGCCCAAAUCAUAUUUAUCGUUCAUAGAUUUGUACAAACAAAUGUACGUGAAAAAGUAUGAAGAAAUUCAAACUUUGAAGGAAAGUGUAGAUAUAGGUUUAAAAAAACUGAACGAAGCAGCUAUGGAUGUUCAGAAAAUGAGAGAAAGUCUCACAAGUGAGGAAGAAAAAUUAAAAGAAUCUGAUGAGCAGACAAAUAUUCUCUUAGAAAAGGUAAAGAAGGAAUCUCUCAAGGCAGAAAAACAAAGCAUAGAAGUAUCAAAAUUUAGAGAUAAGUGUAUAAAGGAAAAGGACAUCAUUUUAAAGGAACAAGAAGAAGCAGAUAAGGAUCUGAAAGCAGCAUUGCCAUAUUUACACGAAGCAGAGGAAGCCAUAAAAAGUAUUACUGCUAAGGAUAUAACCGAAUUAAAGAGUAUGAAAACGCCCUCUGAUAUCAUUCGUAUCGUUUUUGAUGGGGUGUUGAUACUACUGCAAGGGAAAUUAAAGGAACCACAAAUUAGUGUAAAAUAUGUAAAUAAACAACAUGUGGAAUUUAUCCAAGAUUCUUUUGAUGAAUAUGCCAAGCCACUAAUGGCUGACAUUCGAUUCUUAAAUCUUCUGUUUGAUUUUUCUAAAAAUGAGAAGGAUAACAUUAAUGAGGAGACUAUAGAGUUGUUAAAACCGUACAUUGAGUCUUCUUUUUUCAAGACUCAAAUUGCAAAGAAGGCUUCCGUUGCCGCAGAGGGACUGUGCAAAUGGGUUGGCGCCAUGGCUAUGUAUAAUCAAGCAUCUAAAAUUGUAAAACCGAAGAUGAGUUACUUGAAGAUACAAACAGGGAGAUUGGAAGAUGCUCUGAAACAGCUAGCGGAAGCGGAAGACUCUCUUCUAAAAGCGCAACUAUUUGUUGACAACCUCAAUUUGGACAUUGAAAAUAUGUUUAAGAAAAAGAAAACUCUGGAAGAAACAGCUUUAAAAACGAAACAAAGAAUUGAACAAGCCAACAAAUUAAUUAACGGCUUGGGUAGCGAAAAGGCAAGAUGGACUGAAGAUUCUAACAACUUUUCCAACAUAAAGAAGAAAAUCGUUGGAGAUGUUUUUAUCUGCUCCUCCUUCAUUUCAUAUUGCGGUAUGUUCAACACAGAGUUCAGAAAUUAUUUGAUGAAUGAAGUUUUUUAUCACUACACGAAAAAUAUAAAAAAUAUUCCCGUGUCAGAUAACAUUGAUGUGAUAAAAUAUGUCCUCUCAUCAGAUGACACCAAAAUUUGCGACUGGAGUGUUCAGAAAUUGCCUAAUGAUAGACUUAGCAUUGAGAAUGCCCUGAUUAGCGAAAACAGCAACAAGUAUGUUCUGCUCAUCGAUCCACAAUGUCAAGCUAGCAACUGGAUAAAGAACAAGGAAUUCCAAAAUGAUUUAUCCAAUCACAGAUGUAUUACUACAUUUAACAGUAGCAAGUUUAAGGAUAAUUUGGAGUUCUGUCUUAGCGAGGGAAAAACAUUACUUAUAGAAAAUGUGGAAGAGUAUAUUGAUCCUAUAUUGGACUCUGUUCUGGAAAAGCAAAUCAUUAAGAAAGGAAAAAAAAAUUACAUACUCAUAGAAAACAACUUAAUUAAUUUUGAUGAAAACUUUAACCUUUUUAUGACUACGAAUUUACCCAACCCGAAUUAUAGCCCGGAAAUUUAUGCUAAAUGUUGUGUUAUUGAUUUUACCGUUACGGUUAAAGGGUUGGAAGACCAGCUGUUGGGUAGGGUUUUAACUGAAGAGCAGAAACAUUUGGAAGUGUCCUUAAAAAAUAUUAUGAUAGAACUUAAGGACAAUACCAAAUCGUUGCAGGAUCUUGAUAAACAGUUGUUGUACAAGCUGAACACAAGUAGCUCUAAUCUGAUAGAAGAUGAAGAAUUAAUAGAAGUUUUGAACAACACCAAGUUGCUAUCCAAGGAGUUAGAAACGAAAUUAAAGGAUAGUAAUGAAAAGAAAAAAGAAAUUAAUGAGAAGAGAGAACAAUACAGAAGUGUGGCAUUGAGAGGAAGUAUCCUAUACUUCUGCAUCGUCGACAUUACCAAUGUGAACUAUAUAUAUAACACAUCAUUGCAUCAAUUUCUGGAGCAGUUUGACUUGUCUAUAAAGAGAGCGGAGAAAGGACAGCACAUUAAGAAAAGAGUUGAAUCUAUUCUUUCCACACUAACCAAUCUGAUCAUUUGUUACAUGGAAAGAUGUCUAUUCGACCAGCAUAAAAUUAUUUUCAAAUUGUUAAUAUCCUUGAAGAUUCUCCUGUACGAUAAUGUGAUUAGUAAUAAGGAUAUCAGCUUUUUCCUAAACCCCCUUUCGCAUUACAACCCUUCGAACGAUAUUAGUAGCGAACUCCUAAGUAAUAAUUUGCUAGGCGAAAAUGCGGAUGCGGCGAAGGGCAAGAAGAAGGACAAUGGUGCUACGGAUGCUUAUCUGAGCUCAAGCGAUAAGGGAAGAGGAAUCGAAAAUGCUAAAAGUGAUAAAAGCGCGAGUGGAAACACCGGUGCAGUAACUGGUACUACUACUACGGCAGGUACUAACAGCGGUAUCGGUAGUGGCAACAGCGCAGGUAUUCCCAACACAGACAACUGCGCGAAUAAGAACAAAGUGGAAGCUCCCAGAAAGGGGGGAAGAAACAAAAUAAGUUCCACCAAGUGGCUACUAAAGAAUGAAAAAUUAUAUAAAAAUAUUAUUUCUCUAUCGAAUCAUUCCUUUGGUAAUGACAAAAACAAUCGCUUCUUUUACGAUAUCUUAAAUGUAAUGCAGAUGAACGAAAAUGUGUGGAAGAAUUAUUAUGACGUGCUAGAUAUAGAAAAUAAAAAUAUUCCAUACUAUAAUGAAAGGCUAGAUGUGAAUAGCAAAAUAAGCUCAUUCAUUAAGCUGUGUCUUAUUCGUUGCCUGAGGGAGGACAGAACAAUUCUGUGUGCAAAUAAAUUUGUGGACGAAGUGCUAAACAGAAAUAGUGACACGAUAAAACAUGAGACUCUGGAAAAUAUUUUCGUCGAAUCGAGUAAUAGGAAGCCUUUCUUAUUUUUGCUAUCCUUGGCUAGUGACCCCACCAACAUGAUAGACGAUUUCGCGAAAAAGUUUAAAAAAUAUCCUACGGACAAAAUUUCCAUGGGAGAAGGACAAGAAAUAAUCGCAAAAGAAAAGUUAAAAAAUGCCCUCAUCAGUGGGAACUGGCUAAUUUUACAAAAUUGUCAUUUAAAUAAAAAUUUCAUCAUCGAAGUUUAUAAUAUGCUAAAAAAGUUGAAUGAAAUUGAGGAAGAUUUCCGAUUAUUUUUGACAUCGGAGCCAGAUGAUGAAUUUCCUAUUUGUAUCCUCCACGGAAGUAUUAAAAUAUCGACCUCCUUGAGUAGCGGUAUAAAAAAUAACAUGAGGAAAAUAUAUAAAGAUAUUGUAAAGGAAGAUAUAUUGGAAAAAAUAGACGAUGAAAAGUAUAGGAAAAUUAUAUAUUCCUUAUCCUACCUGCACUGCGUUUUAUGCGAAAGGAAGAAAUUUGGGCCAUUGGGAUGGUGUGUCCCGUACGAAUUUAGCAUAACAGAUUUGUUUGCGUCUUUUCUGUUUAUUGAAAAGCAUCUCUAUUCCACAUUAUUGGUGAACCGACCCAUCGAUUGGGAAUCCAUCCAUUAUAUGCUAGCAGAAGUGCAAUACGGGGGGAAGGUAACAGAUGACUUGGACAGGGAAUUACUCCUAACCUACGUGCAACAUUAUUUUAGUGAAGACUUGUUCAAAAUGAAAAAUGAAACUGGUCUAGAAAAUUUUUACAAUAUGCCAAAAUUUUACGAAAUUACAAACUUUCAGAAUUUUAUCGAGAAACUACCAAAUAUUGACACGCCCUCUGUGUUGGACCUUCACAACAACGCAGAAAUAACGUACCGUGUAAAUGAGUCAAGGCAGGUUUUGAACUCCAUUUUGGAAAUUCAGCCAAGGGACGUGGACCAAGGGGAGGAGAAAAGCAUGGAAACGGUGGUGAAGGAAAUCGCCGCAGGUAUCCUCCUAAUGUUACCAGCCGAAAUAAACCUGGAAGAAAUAAAAAAAAUUAUUUACAGAAAGAACAAAAAUCAGCAACUAACCAUUCAGACCAACCAACCGAUGAACGCAACAACCAACUUGAAUGCAACAACAAAAAAUUUUUCAAAUUUGGAGAGCAGCUUUUAUAAGGGGAAAAACAAGGAAAAUUCAGAUAUGAGCGAAAAUAUGCUACAAAGAAGUGCAAUGGCAAACAACCCGCUUAGUCAUACAGGUAAUACUGCUAAAUAUGCAGCUCCAGUGUCUGACAAUAAAAAUAAGAACGUCGUUUGGAUCUCGAAAGAGAAUGAUGUGUACGAUAGCGUGGGAGUGUCCUACUGGGAAAGUAACAAUGAAGGGGAAAAAAAUGUGCAAUAUAAUUUUUCGCCAUUACAAGUUUUCUUCUUACAAGAAAUUGAAAGAAUUAAAAAAGUUAUAGAUUUGGUUAAAACAAAUUUAAACGACAUCAUCAGUGCAAUUGAUGGCUCCAAAAUAAUGACAGCUGAUUUACAAAAUGACACGAAGUAUAUUUACUCCCAGUCGGUACCAAAGAAGUGGAUCUAUGAUGCUAGUGAAACAGAAAUUUCAUGGGUAUGUCACAAUCUAAAUCAGUGGUUAAACAUUUUGAAUUUAAGAUAUGAACAAAUUAUGAAUUAUAUUAAUAAUGGGAAGCUCAAGUCUUAUUGGCUACCUGGUUUUUUUAACCCCCAAGGUUUCUUAACCAGUAUGAAACAAGAGAUUACGCGUUUAAAUAAGAAGGACCAAAUUUCGCUGGACGAAGUGGUGCUAUAUGCUGAUAUUAAAAAUCACGAUAUUGAGAAGAUUAAGGAAGUCCCUGAGCACGGUUUUCACAUUCAUGGUUUAUUCAUUGAAGGGUCCAAGUGGAACUGGCAAGAGGGAAAACUAGAGGAGAGUUCCCCCAAGGUGCUAUGCGAGAAUAUGCCCGUUAUUCACAUCACCGUCGUGUCCAACAAGGACAAGAAGGUGAAGUUUAUCGAAAACAACAAACAUAUGUUUUAUAACUGUCCCGUGUAUAAGUACAACGUACGCACGGACAAGUACUUUAUUUUCCGAAUUUAUUUGAAGACGGACGUGGACCCGUCUAUAUGGAAGUUGCGUGGCACGUCUCUGCUCUGUUCGAAGGACUAG